GUGUCUGUCGGCUGAUUUCGGUGCGAACGAGUGAAGAUGGCGGACUCGGUAGCGGCUGGCGUUGGGGAGGAAAAAGAAACCGAGAAUGAGGAUAAGGAGAGGGAGAAAAGGGCCUUUAACAACACCAACCGGUCCGAAAAGAGUGGUGGCCCCUCCGAAGUGACAGAGACCCUGGGAUUUUAUGAAAGAAACGCCAAUAAGAAGGACAAGAAGCGUAAUCUCUCUGAUCUUUCCCUGGUGCGGUUCAUCAGUGCUGAGCUGACCAGAGGCUACUUUCUGGAACACAAUGAGGCCAAAUACACAGAGCGCAGGGAGAGGGUCUACACCUGCCUACGCAUCCCCAAAGAGCUGGAAAAGCUGAUGACGUUUGGCUUCUUCCUGUGUCUGGAUGCGUUCUUGUACGUGUUCACUUUGCUGCCUCUCAGAGUGCUGCUGGCCCUCAUCAGGCUGCUCACACUGCCCUGCUGUGGGCUCAGGGCUAAUAUAUGCCCCUACUGCAGAAAAAGCAGUGGAUCCCGUAUCCUGCAGCCAGCCCAGGUGUGUGACGUGCUGAAGGGUGUCAUCAUGGUGCUGUGCUACUCCAUGAUGCACUAUGUGGACUACUCCAUGAUGUACCACAUGAUCCGGGGCCAGUCAGUCAUCAAGCUCUACAUCAUCUACAACAUGCUGGAGGUGGCAGACCGCUUGUUCUCAUCCUUUGGCCAGGACAUCCUAGAUGCCCUGUACUGGACGGCCACAGAGCCCAAGGAGAGGAAGAGGGCACAUAUUGGCGUCAUUCCUCACUUCCUGAUGGCUGUACUUUAUGUGUUCCUGCAUGCCAUCCUCAUCAUGGUGCAGGCCACCACCCUCAACGUGGCCUUCAACUCCCAUAAUAAGUCCCUGCUCACCAUCAUGAUGUCCAACAACUUUGUAGAGAUUAAAGGGAGUGUGUUCAAGAAGUUUGAGAAGAACAACCUGUUCCAGAUGUCAAACAGCGAUAUCAAGGAAAGAUUCACCAACUAUGUCCUGUUGUUGAUCGUGUGUCUACGGAACAUGGAGCAGUUCUCUUGGAACCCAGAUCACCUAUGGGUUCUGUUCCCUGAUGUCUGCAUGGUCAUCGCUUCGGAGAUGGCUGUGGACGUGGUCAAACAUGCUUUCAUCACCAAGUUCAAUGACAUCACAGCUGAUGUCUACAGUGAAUACCGAGCCAGUCUGGCUUUCGACCUUGUCAGCAGCAGGCAAAAAAAUGCCUACACAGACUACAGUGACAGCGUGUCAAGGAGAAUGGGUUUCAUUCCCCUUCCACUGGCAUUACUGCUCAUCCGAGUAGUGACUAGCUCCGUGAAGAUCCAGGGGUCCUUGUCCUAUGUGUGUGUGCUGCUCUUCUACCUGGGUAUGAUUACACUGAAGGUGUUGAACAGUAUUGUGCUGCUGGGGAAGUCCUGUCUGUACGUGAAGGAGGCCCACAUGGAGGAGAAGCUCUUCCAGACCCCGCCCUCAGCAGCCCCCAGCAGAGCUUCCAGCAGAGCCCACCGAGCCAAGCACACCAGCAGCCCGCCAGGCGACCCAGCUGAUGAGGAGGUGUCCACGUCCAUCACCACUCAGCCAGUGCACCAGGAGGAAUGCCCCGCCCCACACCUGCCCAGCAGCGAAUCAGACCAGUUCCUCACCACACCUGACGACACAGAGGAGAAAGACAUUGGACAGGAUGGAAUGGAACUCAAACACAGAGCACCCAAGAAAGACCUGCUGGAGAUUGACCGUUUCACCAUCUGUGGCAACCGCAUAGACUGAGAUGCACACACAGACAUGCCCCCACUCACAUGAUUGAGCUGUUUGGGAUUGGGGGGGGGGGGAGGGGAGGGGAGCGAAAUGGAGCACGGUGAACUGAAAUAGAAGUCUUGAUGACGAGGGCUGGCAAUCCUUCAAUGCCAGCCUGAACUCCCACACCCCUCCUUGAGUGGUUUAGGAGGGGUGUGUGUAUGUGUGUGUGUGUGUGUGUGUGUGCGCGCGCGUGUGUGUGUGUGUUUGUGUGUGUGUGUGGGGAGGGGGGUGUUGAUUGCGCAAGGCUAUUUAUUAAGAUGAUUGUGCGUUUAAUUUAUUGGUAACUGGAAAGAGAGUGAUGUGUCCCAUUUGUGGACAUGGAGCCCCCUCCCCCCUCCCUCGGCCCUCCCUCCCCCCCUCCCUCAUACCGGGGGAGAGACCCGCCUGGCCUCCCCCUGGAAGCCCACUCACCUGGCCCCUCUUCCCAGGCUCUGGCUACUACUGACCGGCUCAGUGGCUCCGGUGGCAGGGCGGUCAUGGUUGGUGGAGCACCAUGGCAGAGGACGCCAAUCCUCGGGCGGGCGGGCAGCACAGCGCACACAGAAGGUGCCAGGACUGAAGGCUCAGACGCCAUGAACGUAUGCAAGCAGCAGAGGGUGCAAAAGUCUGCAUCGCAAAACAAGCAUAUGCACACAAACUUACAUAUUUCCAGGCAGCCUAGAGACUCUUUCUCUCUCAUACACACACACACACACACACAGACACACAGGGUCCCAGCUCUUAGGUCAAACAGUGUUCAUCUCCCCCUCUGCCAAGGACACUGGCAACAAUGAGUUACUGAAGCAGCUGGCACUGAAGGAUGACCGAGUACUUACCGUAUCACAUGGGUCAGAAGGAAAAACUAAACAAUCUCAGUCUUUUUAUCAAUAUUUUUAAUGUCAGAAAUAGUGGUAAAUAUUUGGAAAAAAGAAAAGAAAAAAACGUAGCAUUUUUGAUGAAAAGCGUUUUUGUACAUCACAAUUCUAAACUGCAUCUACUGAAGACAGAGCUUAAAUUGAAGACUAUACAUCAUGGUCUCAUAAGGCUCACCAGUAAAACAGGUACCGGUAAUAUAUCAUAUGAUGACAUACCAACAAACAUAUUCCAAUGUUACAGUACUUUACUGAUGUGCCAGUGUCAACAUCACAUCCUCCAGUUUGGAUCUUUGCUUUGGAUAUUUUCUUGCACUGACAUACCAUACUGUCUUAAAAUACCUAUAUGUUCAAUUCUGCAUAGGUCAUGCUAAGCUCAAGGUUUCUUUUUCCUCUUUAAUGUAAUUUAUGGGGAAGUGGCAUUGCGUAAAGAGUUAAUUUAGACCAAGUAAAUGAAUUAGGACCCUCAGAAUGCCUGAUACCUGUAUCUUAGUUAACAACCAUAGCAGGCCACGAUGCAGGCUGUGAAUACCUUCGGGAUCAAGCUGGUUUGGUGUUGUAAUAUGUUUAUCAUUAAGGAUUUCUUUAUCAUUUUUUUAAGAGUGCAAGAAAUACCUUUUCCCUAUGCUGAUGACUUCUGUAUGCUUUUAUCAACUCCAUAGCAUUUUAGAACAUGUUUGAUCGAUCCAAGAGGGAAGCAUAUGCACACCUGUAAAUGCACCAAUGUUUGGCAGGUUUAUUUUGUUUUUGUUUUUUGUGUUUUUUUAAGCCAUGUCCUACAAAUAUCUCUCUUCUCCUCAUUUGCAUGAAGUGCUGUUGGAGUGCUAUGAAUGUCCUCCCAGCAUAAGUUUGUUGCAUUUCACCUGCAGAAAUGGUAUCAUUAAACCCUAUGUGAUGGUAAGCAAUUGUUAGUGAGCAUUUUAGGAAGUCAGCCUCGGAACAGCCUCAUUACACUUGGUAUAAACACUCAUGCUAAACACAGUGACAAUUGAGUGUCUGAUGUUGACAUGUUUCACCCUUUAACUUGAUGUGUAAGGGUUAGGACAUGCUCAGUGUUUACUAGCAACUGAAAAAAAACAAAGUAUCACCUGAAGUUUAAUGUAUACUCAUAGCAGUAGCAUUUAUUUAGCAGGAAUGACAGGACAGGAGAGGGCUAUCUUUUCAGGUCAUGUCAUAUUAAGCACGCUGACCAUUUUGGUUGUAACAUUUUCUGCAUGGAACCAAAUUUCUGACCAUAAUCAGAGGUCUGUUUGUCAUGUCACACACAGAAGCAGCUAUUUUUGCUGCCCCCUCCAUUUUUGAGCAGAGCAAAACAAGCAACCAUUACCUUUGUAUGAACUGCAUUAUAGGGAGAAGGGCGACACGCCAGGGGGGUUGGGUGGGUGGAAGAGAAUAAAAGUUUUCUUGUUUUGUA